AUGAAAAUUUUUAAAUUAAACGCAUUUGCAACUCUUCAACCAGAAAUUGUGGAAAGAACGGAGUUAGCCAUCGAACACGAGGUCAGCAGAUUCAGCAAGAGAAUAUUCAUCUGGACGACUGAGGAAUCAUGUAAAGAACAUGGAAAUCAUUCAGAACUCUCGGUCAUCGUUCCCUUGGACUACAUCCGAAGGUCGACACUCUACCGAAUAGGAGACAACAGGCGACAUUUCUACCUCAGCACCAGGGAGAUAGAUCUAUGGGACGAAAUCAGACGACCCAGUGUCACAUUUGGCAGGCUGCCGACUUGGAUCGCCAAGCUGGAGGACAACUUUCAGGAUCGCGAAAGAGUCCGCAUGCUCGUCGAGAGGAUCAAAAAGGCCUUGGGCGAAGUGGUCAAAGACAGGUCGGGGCCAGCAGACGGCUGGUGUAGUAAGGAUUGGGUGGUCAAAUUCAUCAAGGACGAAGAGGAGCAUGGGGAGUUUUGCAGAGGAAGACUAGGCUGUGUGAGGAAGACUGUGGUGGAGAGAGUCUAA